GCCCUGCCCCACCCCCAAUAUACGUGGGGGGCAGCAGCAGCAGUAGCAGUGACAGCGAGGGGGAGCUUGUGAGACCCCCGAGGGGGGCAGCGGGGCAGCCGCGCCCCAAGCGCCGGCGUGUUCUGUGCAGCACCGAGAUCCCCGCUGUGCCUGUCUACUCGAACAAGGUGAACAGCAGCUUCCAACUGUGCCCCGCGGAGCUGCGCCAGGAGGUGCCCGCCCUGCAGUGGCAGGGAGGGGCGGAUCUGGACGUCGAUGAGAUUGGCCCUGUCACGCCCCCCCGGCCGGAGCGGCCUCACGCCCCACGCCUCCCCCAGGGCCCCUGCACUGACUGGCCGGAGGAGGAGCUGCAGCAGCAGGGGGCAGUGAGAACGGUCCGGGACGAGUCUCCCUCUCCCCCUCCCCCACCACAGCCCACACGCCGGCAGAGGGGCCGGACCCGACGGGAGGUGGCACGCCAGCUGCGGGGUCUCAGCACGUGGCUCUCGGCCGCUCAGCGCAGCCUGCGGGAGGAGCUGCCCGAGGACGACGUGAUCCUGGUGGAGUCGCCCCCGUCCCCCGCGCCCCGGCAGCUGCAGCUCAAGGUGCGGUGCCGGGCCGAGAUCCACCGCGUCGCCAUGGAGAUGUCACAGCCCCUGCAGGCGGUGGUGGAGCACAUGGCCGGGAGGCUGCAGGUCCGGCCGGAGCAGAUCCUGCUGCUGCUGCGAGACACAGAGCUGCCCCCCGGCAGCACCCCCCUGGGCCUGGGCCUGGGCGUGGCCGACAUCAUCGAUUGCGUGGUGGACAUGGCAGCUGGGGAGCCGCAGGGCGGGGGAGAGCCGGGGGCCGGGCCGGGCCCUGGGGAGCUACGUCUGACCGUGCGAGGCCAGGAGAAGGACUCACAGCUCACACUCAACGUGCCCAGGGCGGAGCCGCUGCACCGGCUGAUGGAGCGCUACCAGGAGGCCAUGGGGCUGGGUGGCCACCAGCUCCGCUUCUUCUUCGACGGGCAGCGCCUGGCGGGGACCCGCACGCCCGAGCAGCUGGGCAUGGAGCCCGACGACGUCAUUGAGGCCUGGGCCUAGCCCCCCCGGGAUGCCCCCGCCCCUGCAUAGCUGGGCAGGGAGCCCGAUGGAGGCCUGGGCCUAGUGCCCCCCCUCCCCGCGGGAUGCCCCCGCCCCUGCAUAGGUGGGCAUGGAGCCCGAUGGAGGCCUGGGCCUAGCCCCCCCGGGAUGCCCCCACCCCUGCAUAGCUGGGCAUGGAGCCCGAUGGAGGCCUGGGCCUAGUGCCCCCCUGCCCCCCUCCCCGCCGGGAUGCCUCCCCACAGCUGGCCACGGAGCCGGCUGCUGCUGUCCCUGAGCCUGGGGGGAUCCCCAUUCCUACCCCCUGCAGCAGCUGGGCAUGGCCCUGCCCCACCCCCUGCACCUAGGCAUGGCCCAGAGCCUGCCCAUCAUGUCAGCGAGGCCUAGACCCAGACCCAGCCCCGCAGGCCUGUUCUGUAAAUAGGGGACUUUAGGGGGCAUUUAUCCCCAGCACUGAGGGGGGCGAAGCUGCUUUUAUGAAAUAAAUAAAUAAAUGAACCCA